AUGAUAUCAGCAAAAACAUUCUAAUUAUUACCAGUUGCUCUUAACAAAACAGAAGAGGCAUUUACAGGAUUUCUUUAUACAUCAAAGAAUACACAUGCUUAAUUAAAAUAAAAAUAUAAUGUUUAAGGCGAUUUAUUUAUAUAGAUUAAUGGAUAUGUUUUUUAAUUGCAAGGAGUAAGUGAAUAAUUUAAUAGUUUAGGAAAAUGGAUAUAAAGAUGAUUCAAUAGCAGGAAGCAAAUAUGUAAGAUAAUUAUUGAGAAUGUCAUUCACAGAUAAGAUUGACGUGGCAGUGUUUACACUUCCAAAAGAUAAGGAAUAUAGAUUAGGAGUACUUGAUAUUGAAUUAGAUAUUGUCUAAUAAUAAGGAAGUUUAGACAGAGUAGAAUUGAAUUCAGAAGAUUUAGCACCAUUUUUGAAAAGAGCAUAUAAUGGAUAAUUCUUUAGAGCAGGUUAAAUUCAGCUAUUUUUAUUUGAAGGAAAUACUUACUUGUAUAAAGUAUGCUAAUCUAAUUUAAAAAUCAUAGGUUACUCGCACUGAUGUUUUGAGUGUAGGAGUAGAAUCAUAAUAAGUUAAAUUUAUGGGAGGUGGUAUGUUGGUUGAUGAAACUGAAAUUGAAUUUAGUAUUAGAUAAGGAGUAAAUCAAUUGAAAAUGAAGAAUGCUUCAACACAUACAGCUAGUAUAUUUAGAGAAGACUUUUCCUUUGAUAAAUUAGGAGUUGGAGGUUUAGAUAAAGAAUUAGCUAAUAUAUUUAGAAGAGCAUUUUCAUCUAGAAGAUUUCCAUAAGCUUUUCUUGAAAAAUAUGGAAUAAAACAUGUUAAGGGACUUUUAUUAUAUGGUCCUCCAGGAACUGGUAAAACUUUAAUUGCAAGAUAAUUGGCUAAAGUAUUGAAGGCUAGACCUCCAAAAAUUGUGAAUGGACCAGAGAUUUUCAGUAAAUUUGUAGGAGAAGCUGAAGAAAAUGUUAGAAAACUAUUUGCUGAAGCGAUAUCUGAUUAAGAAACAAAGGGUGAUUAAAGUGAUUUACAUAUAAUUGUUUUUGAUGAAAUGGAUGCUAUAUGUAAAUAGAGAGGUUCAAUUAAUUCUGGAUCAGGUGCAUAUGAUAAUGUUGUUAAUUAAUUGUUAUCAAUGAUUGAUGGAGUUAAUUCUCUUAAUAAUAUAUUGGUCAUUGGUAUGACUAAUAGAAAAGAUUUAAUUGAUGAAGCUGUUCUUAGACCAGGGAGAUUUGAAGUUCAUAUUGAAGUAGGAUUACCUGAUGAAUAAGGUAGAUAAUAGAUUUUGAAUAUACAUACUGAAAAUCUCAAAAAAAAUAAUGCACUUGAUAAAGAUGUAAAUUUAGAGGAAUUAGCUUCAAUUACUAAAAAUUAUACUGGAGCUGAAAUAGAAGCAGUAGUUAAAUCUGCAUCAUCUUUUGCAUUUUAGAGAAUGUAGAGUAUUUUUGAUUUCUAAAAGAAAUUAACAAAAUAGGAUGAACUUCAAGUUAGAAGAAGUGAUUUUAUGAAUGCAUUAGAUGAAGUUAAACCUUAAUUUGGUAUUGAUUCAAAUAAAUUUGAUUUAUUACUCAAAAAUAGAUUAAUUGAUUUUGGUGAUGAAUUUAGAAAACUUUAAAAAAUCUUAAAGAAUACAAUUGAUUAAACUAGAUUUGGUAAGAACUCUUAAUUAAAUUCUGUUUUAUUGGAAGGAGAAUAAGGUUCAGGUAAAACAAGUGUAGCAGCAUGGUUGGCAGUAGAAUGCGGAUUUCCAUAUGUUAAAUUAAUAUCUCCUGAAACAUUUAUUGGUUUAACUGAAGGUGCUAUAAUUAAUCAGAUGGUUAGAAUAUUUAAUGAUGCAUAUAAAUCAUCACUUUCAUGUAUUCUUAUUGACAACAUUGAAAGACUUAUAGAAUAUGUAGAUAUAGGUCCUAGAUUCUCUAAUGCAAUUUUAUAGGCAUUAUUAGUAUUAAUCAAGAGAUUGCCAGAUAAAGUAAUAAAUAAUUAUUAAAUAAUUUUAGUCUUAAUGUAGACUUUUGAUUAUAGGUACAACAUCAUAAUAUCAAAUAAUGAAAUAAUUAGAAGUUGUCUCUUGUUUUAAUGUUUCCUUUAAAGUUCCAAAUUUGGUUAAACCUGAUGAGAUUAAAUUGGUUAUCAAAGAUUACUUGACAACUUCACCUUAAUCAUAAAAUAAACUUUAAUUAUCUUAAUAAUAAGAAUAGUAAGUUAUUACAAUUGCAUCAUAAAUUAAGGAUAUUCCAAUCAAGAGAUUAUUGAUGUUACUUGAUAUGGUUGGUGCUUAAGAAAAAGGUUUGAAUGUUGAAGAAUUCAUGAUAUGUUACACCACUGUAAUGAUGAAUCACAUUUGA